AUGAUUUUCACUAGCAGCCACAUCUUUUUUGUAUUCCUGGCUGGAGUACGAAAGACGAUUGCUUUUACACCGCUGGAAACUUUCUAUCCAAUCGAUCUCAAUGACACCUCCUAUAUCAGUAACACUUCACUUGGAUCAUAUGGUGGCAUAUAUUCAAUUUCUGGAAAGUCUACCACUUCAAAUACAACAUAUGGCACAUACAACUACUGCUCUAUGCCCCAUCCAAGAGCACAAGAAUACCAACUUCCGGGGCCUGUGGCUAACGGGACCGUGAAGGCGGGGAUUGUCUACCUGGAGUAUAUACAAAGGCAUCAAAGGAGGACAAUGUAUAAUGUUUUACCUAGUGGGGAGACUGUACCAUUUAAUUGCUCAGGUAUUCUCCCAUAUCUUUACGCUGGACCUGAUGAUACCACCAUGCAACAACCUAUUCCAGUAUAUGCUAGUACAUAUACAGAUGCAGGCAAUCCCUUCGUGGGCAAAUAUAUUUCAGGGACUUGCCAGUAUCCGCAGCUUACGAUUGGUGGUCUAUCAGACGGCUAUCAGCAUGGCCGAGACCUUAACGAAGUAUAUGGUGCCACUGGCAAAUUGAGUCUUUUCCCCAUGACUCCAUCACUAGAGGAAACCUACUUCCGUUCCUCGGAGUCACCUUUGACACAACAGAGUGCUGGAGGUGUGUUGCGUGGAAUCUGGUCUGGUUAUAAAACAUCCAUACCUCUUCAUCAACAAGCCACCUCAGUCGAUACAGUUAAUGCGGGUUAUUCCUGCUCUGCCGUUUCUUCUACGCUGGCUAAAAUUAAAUCAACAGCUGAAUGGCAAGCUCACCUAGCAGCCACAUCAGCCCUGCGCACCACCAUUGGAAAUAUAUUCGAAGCAAAUUCCGGUGCAUGGCAAGGCACAAUGGAUCAUUUCGCCGAUAACUUCCAGGCUCGACUUUGUAAUGGCUAUCCGCUUCCUUGUUCUCCGACCAAUUCCUCGUAUUGCGUAACUCAAGAGAUGGCAGAAGAGGUUUUUAGAGCUGGUGACUGGGAGUGGAACUAUUACUGGAGGGCCAAUCCAUUCGCCCAACAAUAUAUUCAAGUUGUGGAGGGGCUGUUUAUUGGGGAAGUAGUGUCCAGACUGGAAAGUGUGGCAAAUGGAACGAUCCAAGAAGGAAAGUACAGUCAUAUAUUUGUUCAUGACGGGGAUAUUGGGCCCAUAGCAGGCGCUCUUGGAAUCGAUGCUUUAAGAUGGCCUGGAAUGGGAAGUAACAUUGCUUUUGAGAUUUGGAAGAUUCACAAUAGUACAGCGACUAUUGAUGGGUAUUUCGCAAGAGUAUUGUAUAGUGGACAACCUAUGAAGUCCAUUUAUGGAGACAUGGACUGGAUGCCACUGGAGAGUCUGUUGGGUAUCCUCAGGAAAUUUGUGCCAGCAGAUAUUGUGGAACUAUGUAACAGCUAA